GGCAAAUCUGUACUUAAGUUUGUAAUCUUGGCGUACUCGCUCCCGAAGGCCAUGCUUUCGCCUUUUGUGGCCGUUGAGAGAACCAGCGGCCUCAACAUAUGACCUCCAAGAUUUGCAUGCGCUAGCUGGUUUUGCUUUAUUUUACUGCUUUACCCCACUCUCUACCACCCUGCGGUGCAAGUUAUGGUGCAUUCGUCAAACCGUACCGGUGCGCACCGAAAUAAACCUGCCGGCAUGGAGUUUCUCAUGGUGUUAUAUGGUAAAAAACUUUAUGCCCUCCGGCGCAGAUUUCAGAGGCCAUGCUCAGCACCGUAUUACUUGGUGGCGCUUGCAGCUCUACAUCUUCAAGCACAAGAUUGGGCCUGGAGCGAGUGCAAGUGCGCUCACCAUUCGCUGAUUGGGAAGAACAAGGUUUAUCUGUGACUGUCAACAAUGCCGUGACUGCAAGCCCCUCGGAAACAGUGCGUGUGGAACGAGGUGCGGAAAUAUCCCUCCCAUGGACUGAUCUGGAGGAACAGGAUUCUUCUGCACCUGUCGACAACGUCGGAAGUGUGGUGCUUCCGGAAACAGCCGGCCCCUCGCUGCUUCCAGAGGAGAGGCCUCGGCCACCGCCAGCGGGCGCCAUUGUUCCGCACCAGUGCCGCUUCUGCCCGUAUGCGACGUGGCAGAAGUUCCGUCUGGCCGUGCACGAGCGAGUGCACACGGGCGAGCGACCCCAUCGGUGCCACGUCUGUAGCCGUGCGUUUGCGCAGAGUGCACAUUUGGUGGGCCACAUGCGGUCGCACACCGGCGAGCGCCCCUUUCGGUGCCACGUGUGCAACCGUGGGUUCGCGCAGAACUCGGACGUGGUGCGCCACAUGCGGUCGCACACUGGCGAGCGGCCCUACUCGUGCCCGCACUGCCCGGCCGUCUUUGCUCAGCGCAGCAGCGCCAAGGUGCACAUGCGCAGGCACCUAGACCCACACAGUGGUGGCCGCAGGCACAGAGCCUCCCUGGACAACAGAGCCAGUGGGAUUGUUUGUAACCUGCGGCAUCAUUACCUGCAGGAGUCCACACAGAUGCCUCGGCCAGCGGGUGCCCUGCGGUACCAGUGCAUCUACUGCCCGUACGCGACUCGACAUCGAGCCGCUCUGGUGGUUCACGAGCGAGUGCACACGGGCGAGCGGCCCUUUCGGUGUCACGUGUGCAACCGCGGGUUCGCGAACAGAUCACACGUGGUGCGCCACAUGCGCACGCACACUGGCGAGCGGCCCUUCUCUUGCCCACUGUGCCCCGCCGCCUUCGCACGGCGUAGCCCUGUCAAGGUGCACAUGCGCACGCACAACAACCCGCACAGUUCCGGACGCAGAUGACAGGGCCCAGCCAGCCGAUGUCGGGAGCGUGGUGCUGUAGACGGCCGCCCUUUGAGCUGUGACUGCAAGUGUCGUCAGAACCCCAGUCUCCAAUUGAGCCCAUGAGUUUCCUCUUGUUAGCCAUCCACCAAUGGCAAAGCGUGUGUUGUUACAAAAAAAAGGUGUCAUUUGUUAAGGAUGAAAAAUUUCCUGCUAAAUUUGCUAAAAAGAAAUCUGGUACUGUGAGGGGAAUAAUGCAAAUAAAGGUAAUGUUUUUGUAUUGUAGAGGUGGGCUAUUUAUAUUCAACAUUGAUACCUGGGUAUCACAAUCACAGAUAUAAAGAAUUGUUGGAUAUUACGAAGCAAAUCUAAAAUGUUUCUUGUUGCCAUGGGACAUCUCUAAUCAUUGUGAUUGCUGCUUCGGAUGUUUUAUGUGCUGAUCUAUUACACUUUACCUUUCUAAAUUUCUGAGUAGUCAUAUUCUUUCACAGGCAAUAUAGCACUAAGUAUCCUGUGCAAGGAAAACACCCCGAAAUAAGGUAGUUGCAUCCUUAAUGUCAAAUAAAGUUUUUAUGAUCACCCA